AUGGAGAACCAGACAGAUAUCCUGCUCUUGGAGGGUUUAAAGGUCACCCCCCAGUCCUCUAUUCCCGCCUUCAUCCUCCUCCUCCUCGUCUACAUCUUCAUCAUGGCGUCCAACAUCGGCUUGGUGGUCCUGAUCGCCGCGGAGAGGAGCCUCCACCAGCCCAUGUAUCUGCUCUUCUGCAACAUGAGUGUCAACGAUGUUUUUGGGGCCACCGUCAUCAUUCCUCGCUUGCUGAGCGAUGUUUUUACUCCAAUGACAGAGCGGUACAUCCAUUACAUAGACUGUGUCAUUCAGGCUUUUUGUGCUCACUUUCAUGCAAGCGCCACUCACACAGUGCUCAUGAUCAUGGCCUUCGACCGGUACGUGGCCAUCUGCAACCCCCUGCGUUACACCACCAUCAUGACCAACAGGAUGGUGGCCAAGCUGUCGGUGCUGGCCUGGGCGGUCGCUUCAUUAAUGGUGGUGGUCCUCGUGGGCCUCACCGUCCGCCUGAUGCGCUGCAGGUGGAUUAUAUUCAACCCGUUCUGCGACAACGCCUCCUUGUUCAAGCUGUCCUGUGAAAGCGUGCUCAUUAAUCACAUCUACGGCCUCGGCUACACGGUGGUCCUGCUGGGCUCCUCCAUCUGCAGCAUCACGCUCACCUACCUGAGGAUCGCCAUGGUGUGUUUGAGCAGCAAGAACAAGGUGCUGAACAGCCGGGCGCUGCAGACUUGCGCCACCCACCUGGCUGUGUACAUCCUCAUGUUUGUGUCAGGCAGCAUCAUCAUCAUCCUCCAUCGUUUCCCUGACUUGUCAGACGAAAGGAAGCUAGCGUCCAUCUUGUUCCAUGUGGUUCCUCCUGCUAUGAACGCUGUUAUCUAUGGACUGCAAAUCAAAGCAGUCAGACAGAUUUGUAAUAAACCUUUAUAUGCAAUCAAGACGCUGAUCUUCUUUGCCACCAUACAAAUUAUCAUCAUUACGACACCAUCGCUUUGA